AUGGGACGCGUGAUUCGUGCUCAACGUAAGAGCGGUGGCAUUUUCACCGCCCACACGCGGCUGAACAAGGCCCCGGCUAAGCUGCGCCCGUACGACUUUGCUGAGCGCAACGGUUACAUCCGUGGUCUCGUGAAGGAGAUCAUCCACGACGCUGGCCGUGGUGCUCCUCUCGCCCGCGUUACUUUCCGUGACCCUUACCGCUACAAGCUGCGCACCGAGACGUUCAUUGCUGCUGAGGGUAUGCACACUGGUCAGUUUGUGUACUGCGGUAAGAAGGCCGUGCUCAACGUUGGUAACGUUCUGCCGCUCGCUUCGCUGCCUGAGGGUACCAUUGUGUGCAACGUCGAGGAGAAGGUCGGUGACCGUGGUGCGCUCGCCCGUACCUCGGGUAACUACGCCACUGUUAUUGGCCACGAUGCUGACGGUGUGACCUCGCGUAUCCGUCUUCCGUCGGGUGCCAAGAAGACCGUGUCGAGCGAUGCUCGUGCUACCGUCGGUAUUGUUGCCGGUGGUGGUCGUAUUGACAAGCCGAUGCUCAAGGCCGGUCGUGCCUACCACAAGUACCGCGUCAAGCGCAACAGCUGGCCUCGCACUCGUGGUGUGGCUAUGAACCCCGUCGACCACCCGCACGGUGGUGGUAACCACCAGCACAUUGGUCACUCGUCGACCGUCAAGCGUGGCUCCGUGCCCGGUCAGAAGGUGGGUCUCAUUGCUGCCCGCCGCACUGGUCUCCACCGUGGUACCGUCAAGGUCCGCGACGCUUAA